AUGCAAUUCAAGACCUUCGUCAACGCCGUUGCCCUGGCUCUGUUCGCUGCAAGCGUGCACGCCAAGGUUCCUGCUGGUACCUAUUCCAUCGUCAACAAAGUUCCAUCCAGCGACGGCCUAUCACGCGCAAUUACUUUCAACGGCGAAGGCCAGACGGUAACUGUCUCGUUCGACGACUCGACCGCUUCCAAGCAGUGGAUUGUGGAAGACUACGACGGGAAAGCCCAAAGCAUUUCCCCCGUCGACGGUGACGGUCUUCAAUGUGCAUGGGGUCAAGACGUUGUCACCGUUCUUCCCGCUCAUAACUAUGUGUGGACCAUUACCCAAAACGAGGAUGACCCGACAACGUACACUAUUCAGGACGGUGGUGAGACUGUAUAUUGGGGAUUGGGUGCUACCGACGUCAAUACUGAGGUCACCAUCAGUGGGGAAAAGACAGAAACCGGGGAACAGUCCUGGAAAUUUGUCGAAGCACAACUCUCGGUUUGA